GGAGCUGAUUGUGUAUCAGCUGCAAGGCAGACGCAUGGCUUAUUUUAUGGAUUUCAGCAAAAACUGCUAUGAUGGAAGUCUGAGCAAGAUAUAAUGGACAAAAAAGAGCCAGAGUAUUUGAUGGAUUCCUUUUUGGCUGCUUAUUUCUAUUAGAUUUUCUCUCUUCUGUUUUUCUCCCCUCUUUUCUUUUUAUUUUUGGAGGGGAUUUACAAAACCUAUUUCAUGCAUGUUCAGUGGGGGCAGGUUCAAUUUUGACGAUGGAGGCUCGUAUUGCGGAGGCUGGGAGGAUGGCAAGGCUCACGGCUAUGGGAUCUGUACUGGCCCAAAAGGACAGGGCGAGUAUUCUGGGUCCUGGAGCCACGGGUUCGAGGUGGUGGGGGUCUACACAUGGCCCAGUGGAAACACUUUCCAAGGAACUUGGGCACAGGGGAAGAGGCAUGGCAUCGGUGUGGAGAGCAAAGGCAAGUGGGUUUACAAAGGCGAGUGGACUCAUGGAUUUAAGGGACGGUAUGGGAUCAGAGAAAGCACAGGCAACAGAGCUAAAUAUGAGGGAACAUGGAAUAAUGGACUGCAGGACGGCUAUGGAACAGAAACUUACUCUGACGGAGGUACUUAUCAGGGCCAGUGGGUUGGAGGAAUGCGCCAUGGCUAUGGUGUCCGGCAGAGUGUCCCUUACGGAAUGGCCGCUGUCAUCCGCUCGCCUCUGCGCACAUCUAUAAAUUCCCUCCGCAGUGAACACAGCAACGGGACUGUCCUGCACCAUGAUGCCACGGGUGCCUUGGCAGCAAGCAGCCCAGCUGUGUCCCGAGGUGGUUUUGUCCUCACCAUGCACAGUGAUGCAGAGCUUCUGAAAAACAAGAAGAAGGGAAUCUUCCGGAGAUCUUUCCUCAGUGGUCUAAAAUUGCGCAAAUCAGAAUCCAAAAGUUCCUUGGCCAGUCAGAGGAGCAAGCAAAGCUCUUUCCGCAGUGAAGCUGGCAUGAGUACAGUCAGCUCUGCUGCUAGUGACAUCAACUCUACCAUCAGCCUUGGAGACGGGGAAGCUGACCUCUCGGUCAUUGAGGAUGACAUCGAUGCCACCACAACAGAGACCUACAUGGGAGAGUGGAAGAAUGACAAACGCUGUGGCUUUGGGGUCAGCUGUCGUUCUGAUGGUUUAAAGUAUGAGGGGGAAUGGUUAAGCAACAAGAGGCAUGGCUAUGGAUGCACCACAUUUCCUGAUGGCACAAAAGAGGAAGGGAAAUACAAACAGAACAUUCUGGUGAGCGGCAAACGGAAGAAUCUUAUCCCUCUGCGGGCAAGCAAGAUCCGGGAAAAAGUUGACCGAGCUGUAGAAGCAGCAGAGAGGGCCUCUGAGAUUGCUAAGCAGAAAGCGGAAAUUGCACUGUCCAGGACGUCGCAUGCACGUGUAAAGGCUGAGUCUGCAGUAGCAGCAUCGCAGAAGGCCCAAGAGGAAGCUCGUCUCGCCAGGAUCACUGCCAAAGAAUUCUCGCCCUCUUUUCAACACCGAGGAAAUGGGUUGGAGUGCCAAAGGCCAAAGCACCAGAAUUCAAGUGAGAAUGAUAUUGAAGUCAUCUCCACCGGAACGCCUGACAGCCCUGAGCUGUACAUGAAGGGGACGACCCCUCCAGAUCUUACUCCUGACCAGAGCCCAAUGCCCAGUAGGCAUUCUUCUCCACCCUCCAGCCCCCUAAAGUCCUUACAUCACACCAAGAAUGCCAGGUUCUUGCGGCAAGCUGCAGUGGAUGAUGAACGGGGGGCUGGGGAAAUUCAGGUGCUCCUUGAAGGAAGGAGCGCUGGAGCAGGAGGGGAACAUUUAAGACCCAAUAGUUGGAGUGAGGAGAAGCGGCCGGCACCAGGCAAUACCACCAGCAGAGGGGGAAGCCGAGGAAGCAGUCGUUCCAAUACACCAUCAGUAAAAGACGAUGCAAGAACCCGGAGCAGCAAUGGUCACAAACACGUAUCCACCAAUCAUAAGCCUCGAGAGCGAUGGGCAGACUGCCCAACCACGGUUUCAUGGACUUCCCAUCGCACCCAUUGUGAAACAUUGGCCAGCUCUCGUCUUCUUGAGCAAGAUGAGGAAAAACUGAGCAACUAUGAAAUGGAGAUGAAGCCACUUAAAAGAAUGGAUUCUUAUAUGCAAGAAACACACUCUCAAAAACAUUAUGGCAAUCGCAAUUCGCCAGUCCCUGCAGAGGAUUACCAUUCUGAAAACAGGGCCUUUGGGGUUCAAAGACUGAGACCCAAGUCCCAGAACAAAGAGAAUUUCAGACCUGCCUGUGUUUCUGAGCCCACAGUUCAAAAGCUUGACAGCUUGAGACUGGGGGAUAAGAUUGAUUCUCGGCCUCUGAGGAGGGAUUUGACCCUCUCUCCGCCCCAGAAAUCUUUACCCAUUGCACUAGAGCACGAUGAGGAAAAUUUAAUUGAAAUGAAAUCCAGUUCAGGCUCCAGUUCUAUCCUGGUUGUUAUGGUGAUCUUGCUCAACAUUGGAGUCGCCAUUUUGUUUAUUCACUUUUUUAUUUAACAUAAAGCCUCUGAUUACUGAUAUUAAGAUUAUUAUUACUAUAAUUGCUAGAAUCCUGUUUUGGAAAAAAAGAACAUAAUGAGAUGAAAAAAAAAGAAUGCUUCAACGCAUCCAUCCUUGGGGACUAGAGUUUUAAACAAUUUGUUUAAACUUUUUGAUUGUUUCUUUUUUUGUUUUGGUUUUGCCUUUUACCCUUUUGCUUUGGGAAAAUAACACACACGCAUAUAUGUGUAUGUUUAUAUAUAUAUAUAUAUGUGUGUCCGAGGGUGUGUACACAAAUUUAAUGACUGGCUUGUACAACAGCAUAACGCUCUGUGGCAUGGCAGAAUAUGAAGAAACUCAACCCCAUUCCCCGGCUACUCCGAGAAACUAAGAACAACAUCCCAGUCUCUGGAAAGCAGUGUCGGAGAGGCGUUCAGCCGGAGGCAGCUAACAAGCUAAGCAGUUCGAAUGACCAUUUGCUGAACAGCUGUUCUUACGCUUGUCAUUGUUGGCAGCCACGUUUUUGAGUCAGUCUGCACCAGUUUCCCAAGCUAAAUUUAUUAGGCAAAAAUCUAAGGGCUGUGAAACUGCUUACAUGUUUGAUAUGGCUUUAGUGAAUUAUUUCCUCAUCACGGGUUCAUUUUAGGACUUAAUCAUAGAUCUCAAAUGGCUGCAUGGUAAAGGCCUAUGUGAUUUUAUACAAUAAAAGAAAAGCUAACUGUUGCCCAUUGACAUCAGAUUGUCAGAGAAAAUCCUCCUCCUUCCUUUGCAAAGGCCGCUGCAAGCCUCUUUGAUGCUGUUUAUUUCAUUGUUAUGUUUCUGACUGCCCGUAUUAUUUUAAUCAUAAAAAACGCAAGGACCUGUGAUGUUUACAGCUUCCUCCUUAAAAGCCCCUUCAUCUGGUAACAGAGUAACUUUUCUCGGCGCUUCAGAUUUCAUUCUAAGUUCCUUCACUUAAGUACUUUAUUACCCUUGGCUCAACGCCAUCGUGCUGCCUUGGGAGUCAUGGGAGUCCUGCCACCUCCUGGCAGAAGUCAGUUCUGCCACGGCUUCAGAUCAUGUGACGAAGCUCAGAUGGGAUCAGGGCACAUAAGAAAAAAAAAACAUAACGUUUUCAGCAGUACGCAGUGGAGGGUGACAUGCCACCAGGCAGGCAAAUGAAAACACCCUAUGAUGCAGCUCUUUCGGACACAAAGAAGAUUCUUUUAAGAAGCCACCAUCACAGCCCCGCGUACUGUAGCUCAGAAGCAGUAGAGGCCUGUCACCUAAUGAAAGAGGCUUGUUUUGCUUUUAACUGUGGCAUUAAAAUUGUUUUGUAUUUGAAUGUAGAACACAGAAAAUACCCUCAGUGCCUAGGGAUAUGAAAUAUGUAUAAAUUCCUUUUGACCAAUUAGCAGUAUUUGUUUAAAAAAAAAAAACUAAAAGUAGGAUGCCAACUUAAGUGAUUUCAUAUUAUUUAAAAAUAUGACAAUCCUUGAGCUUUAAAUUACAGUUAGUGAUCCCAUUCAUAGCCCCUCCACACAUGCGCACACACACACUCCUUUCCUGUGGCCUGUUAGUCUAACGUCAGCCAGGCAGAAUCUGUCCAAAAAAUCCCAGAUUUGGUUGUAUCAGCUACUUCCUCUACUUACCAACUAGCAAACCUCAUUUCCAGCUCAGUUUUCCAGAUGGCUUGGUGCAUACAUUUUGGGUCUAGCAGGCUCCAAGCAUGCAAUCACUGAGCAGUCAUUUUCCCAGAGUGUAUCACAUGAUCUCUUUCGGCUGUGACCCCCUUGAUUAUUUAAGCCCCGUUGUAAACCGCUGAGACCACCUCAGGGCGACCACCACCGCUGCAUGAAAAUGGGAUGGGCCGGCCUUGCAAGUGGUACUUUUCAUAUCGAAUCAAAGAAAUGGAAAUCAAUAACAUCACAGCUCUUUGUACCUCAGCGCUUCAAAGAAAAAUGAACAUUAUGAAACGGAAAUGCAACAUUUCAAUGGAUAGAGUUUCUGAGGAGUUAUAUCGAGCUCACUUCUCUGCUGUAGAUUCAUGUGUAAGUGAAUGUAUUUUGUGAAUAUGUUACAGAAUCCCUCAUAAUGACCAUCGCGUCCCAACACAUGGAUGGUCAAAGGCUGCCUACUAUAUCAGGAUGUAAAGUGCCCGGCCACUACAUAAACUACAUUCAUGUAAACCUCCAGCAAUGCUUGGCACGAACCGUUUUCAUAUUCCUGCCUUUUUUUUUCCUGUCUGUUGACAAAUAGUUUUAAUGAAUGUGAAAUGAAUUUACAGUAAAAGAUAAUUUACAAUUACA